AGCUGCGUCAGAUUAAGUCUGUUAAACUGAUUUACUUAGCGUAAUCGCGUUUAUGUCUGUAAUUAGGUGGGGAAUAUAUAAUCUCCAGUUACUUAAGAAUCUGUAAGACUCUUGAUGCUAAACUCCAGAACCCGUGUGGGAAUGGACAUCUACUUACCCCUGGCCCUUAAAUUUCUUCUGUUAUUGAGCUGUUCUUGACGGAUUGCACCUCCGAUCGAGUCGCGGGUGUGACAGCUCCGAUCCGAUUCCGAGCCCAGCCGUUCUCCCGCUGCGUCGCACGUGCACCCACCCCACCGCCAGCGCUCCCCGCCCUCUCCAGCCGUGAUCCCAUCCGGGCCGUCGGAUCCGGUCCAGAUGCGGUCGCCGGCGCUCCUGGCCGCCGCCCUCGCCAUGGUGGCGCUGCUCGCCGCCGGCGCCAGGGCGGCGGCGGCGGCGGCGGAUGAGGCCUACGUCACGCUGCUGUAUGGCGACGAGUUCGUGCUCGGCGUGCGCGUCCUGGGAAAGUCCAUCCGCGACACCGGCACGCACCGCGACAUGGUCGUGCUCGUCUCCGACGGCGUCUCCGAGUACUCGCGGAAGCUCUUCCAGGCAGAUGGUUGGAUUGUCAAGCGUAUAACUUUACUGGCGAAUCCUAAUCAAGUUAGGCCAAAGAGGUUUUGGGGUGUCUACACCAAGCUAAAGAUAUUCAACAUGACAAGCUACAAGAAAGUUGUUUACCUUGAUGCAGAUACUGUAGUUGUGAAAAGUAUUGAAGAUCUCUUCAAGUGCGGGAAGUUCUGUGGAAACUUGAAGCAUUCUGAAAGAAUGAAUUCUGGGGUGAUGGUUGUUGAGCCCUCUGAAUCUCUUUUCAAUGAUAUGAUCAGCCAAGUGGGUCGUUUGCCUUCGUACACUGGAGGGGACCAAGGUUUUCUUAAUUCAUACUAUUCUGAUUUUGCGAACUCCCAUGUUUAUGAGCCAGACUCACCUUUAACUCCUGAACCCGAGACACAACGCCUUUCUACCUUGUAUAAUGCUGAUGUUGGUCUUUACAUGCUAGCCAACAAGUGGAUGGUUGAUGAAAAAGAACUAAGAGUCAUUCACUACACGCUGGGUCCCCUUAAACCCUGGGACUGGUGGACAGUUUGGCUUGUAAAACCUGUCGAAAUAUGGCAGGAUAUUAGGCAAAAACUUGAAGAAUCUCUCCCGGGAACUGGUGGCGGAAGGAACCCUCAUGACCAGCUGGUGGUCAAAAUUUUGUUCAUUGUCCCAUUGUCCUUGCUGUUAUUUGGUUACUACCAAUCAUGUUUUCAGACAAACAAGGAGUUGUUAAGUAUAAGAUCUCUUUGUGCAUUUGCUAGAAGAGCUCGCUACAAAUACAAGUCUGAAGAGCCACUUCCAUCGUAUUCAGUGGUUGGUGUUCCAUCAUCUGCAUUUGGUACUUCUAACCAAAGGUUCUCAAAUGGGACACAUUCGAAACUACCUUCUUAUUUUGGAGCAAUCUCUGUGCUAGUCUGCUUUAUAUCCGCUGGUUUCUCUCUUGCAUUUGCUUUCGCUAUCAUUCCACGGCAGGUUAUGCCAUGGACAGGUUUGCUACUGAUGUUUGAGUGGACCUUUGUGGCAUUCUUCUUAAUCUUUGGGAGUUAUCUCCGUUUCGUCUACCGAUGGGGAAGUAUUAGUGCAAAUCAUGCGGGAUUUAGCAAUUCCGAUUCUUCAGAGAAUCAUAUGGUUUCAGGCCAUCAGCGAAAUAUGUCCGACUGCGACAUGGAUGCAACAUUUUACUGGAUAGGGAUGGCGGCUAUAGCUACUGUUACUGUAUUGUUACCAACUAUAUUGGGUAUAACUGCAUUAUUCACAAAGCUAGGAUUAAUGGUCGCUGGUGGUGUUGUGCUGGCUUCGUUUAUGACAUACGCCUCAGAGCAUCUUGCUAUCUCAGCCUUCCACAAGGGUCAGAAAAACAGAAAUACGUCAAGAACUAGAAGCUUUUGUUUUCUAUGUUAGUAGUUUUGCACCUGCACCAUUCAUCCAGUUAGGGCCUGUUUGAAGAUAUUGUGUUUAGUUGCCGCAUGAGAAUAUCAUAUAAAAAUGCAUAUAAAUGGAUUAUUAUAAAAAAACUUACUUUUUUCAUCAAAUAAUCAAAGUUGGAAAAUUUUUAUAAAUUAGUACAUUAAGAAUAUUAGUGAAUUAUUUUUAUUUUUGAGAAUUUAUUUGAAGCAUAAAAAAUUAUUAGAAGUUAUAAAAGUAGGUUUCUUUUAAUUAAAUGGGUUGCUUGUGAGCUUAGUUUGCUCAUAAAAAUAUUUAGAAUUUUUAGGUCACUUUUAUACUCUUAGAUAAAAUCAAGAAUUAAAUUAAAAAAAAAUACACACAUGCAAUACACGAGCUCUUGCAUACGCUCGGUCUGGAUCGCUAGAAACAGAUCGAAAUGCAUUUCCUGAGAGCUAGGCUCACACAAGGAUUUUGCACGAUCGAGGCUUGGUCCGAUCACUUGAUAGGCAAGGCAACCGAACACACCGACUUGCAUAAGCUCACCCUGGCCAAGCGCUCGGCGAGGCAAUCAGACACGCCCUUAAUGGUCCAUAGAUCCAUGUUGUAUUGUAGGUUUGUACACAGAAAAGAGUGACGGUCCCGUUUUCACACGUAGCCACCAAGGUUUCCAUUUGAUGUCAUGUUGUCAACCAAUUGUAAAUAGGUUCCGGCGUUUUCUUGGCUGUUCAGUAAGCAUGGCGCUUGCAAACCUGCACUGUAAUAUUAUUGUCCAAAGCAUUCACUGCCAUUUGUUUCUUAUACAGUGUUCAUCACUCCGAUGUGUUA